AGGCACAACCACCCAACCCAAGCACCCCUCAGCCAGGUCUUGUGGCUUGGCUAGUAAUCACCUAGGCGCUAUCCUCUCCCGCCAGCUAUAGAUCAGCAGCGCUCAUGCCACCCCCUUUCAGAAAAUCCAAUCGGCACGACAAUAGUACUUUAUUUCCUAUCACUCGAUAACUUCGCCCUCCGCCCUUACGCCUCCCGCUAGGUCCAGAUCCAGCUUCCGCUGAGACCUGCCAGACAGCGUCCGCCAUGUCGAGAAUCACCUCUCUCCCGUGAUGACCGCACGUCGUUAAGAACUAGGCGCGCCCCGCUGUGUGCGCUGCGCACGGCUAUCUGACCCUCGCAGGUCCCCCCGUGCAACCCCCCGCGCCUGCGCCUUACCUCCAUCCCAAUUCACUGACAGCCGAACCAAUGAGCGACGAUCAGCGUCCCAACCUCUCAGUCGCCGCGCCUGACGUGGCACGGCCGUCGCGUAAUUCCCACGGCGCUAUCAUGCCCGUGUGCCCCUCCACGGCAGCUGCGAGCCCCCGUGACACGCGUAGCCUGGGGAACGGGGAUUCGUCGCCGUCAGAAGCAGCAGCGGUGGGCUCGGACGAGUGUAGAGCGUCGAGCGGAGCGGUCGCCACAGCUUGCGAGGCUGUACAAGCGGAUCGCCACCCGCUGAUUAAUGUCGGCGCGGCUAUGUCGUGCGACGCGGACCCUACCGCUCGACAGCGCGCCGAGCUUGCGAGCCGCAGCGAGCCGGGAUCAGAUAGCGCCGUUUGCAGCGACAGCGCAGCGAUAGCGUGCAUCGCGGCUGGGAGGAAUGACGACACGCAGGCGACGGAAACAUGCAGUGGCGCGACCUGUGUCUGCCGCGCCAGCCGUCUUCGGCGGAAAUGCGCUCUUCCGCUCACGUCCGCAGACGAGGUGACUGGGACUGACUUCUGCUACGCCAGCCACGCGGGGUUCUUCGACGCGCCCCCCGCGUGCGUCUGCGCACACGCUGACUCGGCGGGGGAGAGAGAGCGCUUGGAGUGGUGGGAGCGGUGGAUGGACGGCGCCAGCAUCGUGGCGCACAUCACACCGUUCGCCAUCGUCGGGGUGUGCGUGCAGUUUCUGCUGGACGAACUCUUCGGCCCGGGCGUGGCGCACGUGACCAACGACGCGCUCACGGUGUUCGUGGACCUGCCCGCCAACAUGCUCGGCGCCUUCCUCCUCGGCCUCUCCGCCGUCGCGCUGCUCCCCGCGCUGCUCGCGCGCUCGCGCCACCUAGCCAUCGCCGUCGUCGUGGGGCUGUGCGGCAGCAUAUCAACAUUCGCCACGUGGAACCAGCGCAUGCUCUCUAUCGCCACUUCGGGUCUUUGGGCGCGCGCCGCCUUCGGCUACUUCACCGGAUCCGCGCUCCCCCUGCUCGCGCUCGUCGCGGGUGUCGACGCGGGCACGGCCAUCCGCCACGCUUCCGCCUCCGCGCGCUCCUCCCCCUCCGCCUACCUCCUGCCCUUCACCAUGCUACACGCCAAGCUCGCCGCGCCCACUCCGCGCGCGCAGUCCCCCCACCACCGGCGCCACAUUCUCCCCAUGCUGCUGCUCUCUGCCUCCAUGCUGCUGCUGGCGGGGCUCGGCGCGCUGCUGAUCCCCUCCUCCGCGCAGCAGUGGCGCAUGCUUGCCUGCGCGUGCCUGCUCGCCCCCCUCGGCACCUACCUCCGCUACCUCCUCCUCCGCUUCAACGGCGCGCCCUGCGCCCUCCGCUUCCCCUGCGCGCCCUCCCCCCGCUCCCCAGCCAAGGCAGCGCUGCUGGCGGGGGAGGGGGAGGGGGCGGGCGCGUGGGAGUGGAUGCCAUGGGGCACGUGGAUGGCGAACGUGGGCGCGGCGGGGAUAGAGGCUGCCAUCUCCGUCAUCUACCUCAAGUACCAGGGCAGGGAGAGCGAGCUGGCGGUGGGGGCGAUGCAGCUGGGGUUCCUGGCGUGCCUGUCCACGGUCUCCAUGCCGUGCUUGGAGGCGCUCUACCUGCACUACACGCUCAGAAGCCCCGCCAAGGCGUAUCUCUACGCGCUGCUCACCAUCGCGCCCUCCUUUGUGCUGGGCCUACUGGUGUACUCGGUGCCGUGCUGGCUGCUGGGCUUCGACUCACUCUACAGCCACAUCGGCUCCUCCCCCCAGCCCGCCCAGCCCUGACAGGGCUGGGGCAGCCAUGGGUGAAGGUGAUGAUGCCCCGUCAUACAUGAAGCCCUUGGUGCUGCUGGGCGCCACCAGGAUAGCUGGUGGUGACACACUCUGCAUGGAUGUGCUGGGCGCCACCAGACCUAAGCUGUGGCUGCUAGCCAUUCUUUUCCCUGCUGCAAAAGCAGCAGGAUGAGGAUAGUCGACUUCUUCUGUACCCUAGCAAUUGCAGUGCAAUGUAGCAAUCUGUAAUAAAAUAUAUACCUUAGU